AAUGACGAGAACUUUGUGUCGGCGGCGCUGUUCGGGGCCGUAGAGGACGGCAAUCUCAAUGCCAUUCAGGAGUUAUUUGUGAUGUCAAACAUAGACCCCAAUCUAUGCAAUCGGCACGGGGAGUCACUGUUGCACUACUGUUCCGGAUUAGGGUAUUUGGAUAUUUUGAGAUUUUUACACCAGAAAGGGGCCGAUAUUAAGUUGACCGAUGAUAGGGGUGACUCAAUUAUCCAUUGGGCCGCUCGACAGAACCAAUCGGCGAUUAUUCACUAUUUCUACGAUAGCGUCGCGAAUGUCAACCAAACAAAUAAAAACCAAUCGGCGAUUAUCCACUAUUUCUACGAUAGCGUCGCGAAUGUCAACCAAACAAAUAAAAAUCUGGAGACACCCCUACACGUGGCCGCCCGUUACGGGCACGUGGAGGCCAAUCUGGAGACACCCCUACACGUGGCCGCCCGUUACGGGCACGUGGAGGCCGUCGAGCAGUUGUGCAAAUGCGGGGCUAAUGUGGACGCCGUCGAUGAGCACGGGGAGACAGCUAUGUUAAUCGCCGUUUGGCACGGCUUUCCUAAAAUAGUGCAUAUUUUGGGCGAAGUGGGCGCUCACACAGACAUCAACAAUAAGGAGGGCGAGACGGCUCUUCACGUGGCGUCGGCGAGGGGUCACUCGGAAUGCGUCCGCUGUCUCUUAGAGGCCGGCGCUCGCACUGACGUCAGGAAUAAGAACACUUACACUCCUUUACACUUAUCAUUGAAACGACAACACGUGGCGGUGGCGGCCCUUCUGCUGAGGGCCGGCGCCGACAUCGAAGCGGUCGACGAUCGGGGAGAGAGACCUAUUCAUUACGCCUCGCGAUUCAAUUUGUUGCCUAUUUGUCAGACCCUAUGCUCAUUGGGUUGUGAUGUGAAUGCGCCCAAUAAGAGUGGUUUAUAUCCUUUACAAUUAGCGGCAAAGAACGGUCACAUAGAGGUCGUGCGGUGUCUGUGUCUGGCGGGCAGUCGUGUGGACGUGAAGACAAAGAACGCGAUUAUCCCUCAAAUCUGUGCCAUCGCUCAGAACCACAACGAAAUGGCGGACCUAUUGGCGCGACUGCGGAACGAACAGACCAAAGAGGAAUACAUCACUCAAUUGGCGCCAAACAGUCAACCCAUUCAGCGCUGGAAACUGAAAAUCCUCGGCAACUCCGGCACCGGGAAGACCACACUCAUCGAGUCAUUAAAGUGCGGAUAUUUUAGUGGUUGGUUUCGGCGGUCGUCCAAAUCGUUUUACAACUCUUUGCACAAGAAAUCCGUGGAUUCGUCGCAAACCACGACCACUACUCCAGUGCCGGAAUCGCCGUCCACUACACCGACCACUCCUACCGCGCCGUCAGAUUUUAGUCACAAUUCAGGCGCCAAUCGCGAGAACUGUACGCACGGUAUAGACUGUCAACAGCUGACCAUUUCGGGCGUCGGCGACAUCAGUAUCUGGGAGUUCAGUGGCAUUGAGUGCUACUAUCAGACGUACGACCACUUCGUCGGCGGUAACCACUGUCUGCACGCAAUUGUCUUCCGACUCAGCGAUCCGUUUGACGUACAGAUGCAGAGCAUUAUGUUUUGGCUGUACUUCCUUCAGAGCCGAACCCCUGUGUCGGAACCGCUGACCUAUUGCGGUGGAACAGCCGGAAGAAGACGACACAAACUUUGUGGUCGUCUCCACUUUGGUAAGGAUUACGGGAGUGGGUUGAGGUGA